AUGGUUUCGAAACCCAAGCGAGUUGCUACUGCAGCAGAAAGGAAGGCGGCUGCACGCAUGCGUGCAACCGGAGAGAGUACUGAUCGUGCUUUAGCAGCAGGUGAUUCGUCGCCUGUUGCCGUGAAAAUUCCACGUGGUGAAUCACCAGGUGCGACAGGUACAUCCGCUGCGUCUGCAGCGGGUACCGCGAAUCGUAAUCUGGAUCAGUCUGAAAUAUCGCUUAUCUAUUCCGGCAAGUCAGAUGAUGUAUCCGACUCGAAGGCGACACCUUACGCCUCCGGAUCACACGGGGCGGACGCUGCAAGAUCCAGGUUGACUGGCUCUGGUCAACUUGGCGGCAUCACGCUCGAGAUCUUCGGAUCGAGUGCUUAUUCCGACGAAUCCUCCCUCACGCGAGUCCAUCAAAUGAUAAAACGAGUGGUGAUGGUGAUGAUGCACCUUAACAUAGCCACAAGCGAAGUAACUCGAGGGAUCGAGCUGUCAAUGGUUUUAGUGCUCAUGCUGGCACCAAUCAAGAGGCCAGGGACCGAAAUGUCCUGCGCCACGCUCCUCAAGUGGAGUCUCCUUGGAUGCCGUCAUUCAAAGGAUAGAUCGAGUGGCCGGCAUGACUACGGAACGGGAUCGAAUCCCGUUGUUCGAUUGCAGGAAAAUUUGUCCACCUAA